UGAGAAGCACAUAAAUACUGUUUUGCUAAUACUGAUUUUCUACUUUAACUCGUACCUUUGUAUUUUCAAUUUAGUGUUGAAAAGGUUAUGAAAAAAACCAAAGUUUCUGGAAGCGUCUGGAAACGGUGUUCUGUGAAAACCACGAGCACCGAGUAAAGUUUGUGAAACGAGGAAGUUAAAGGGUUAGUUUACUUUGACGUCAGGAAGACCGGGAUAAGGAUCGUUUCCAUUCGCCAGUCACACAAGUUACACAGCGCGUGCUGCGCGCGACUGCUGUUUAUCUUCCUGGUGGUCUUUUAGCAAACUGCGAGUUAUGGGCUGCUUUGUGUAGUUCUCACGGGCAGCUCUUCCUGAUUUCUGUGGAGUAAAUGGCUAAGUUAUAACGGAAGAGCGGGGCAAAAAGGCUCGAAUGUUCCGCUAACUUCAGCUGACCAUCAAACUGAGAGAAGGGACUGCUUCUGCGAGAUUUUGUACUGAAGUAUCUUCCCUCACCUUUUGGGCCUUCCCUCACCCGUUUUUUCGUCUGACAUCCAUCAUGAAGAAGAGAAGCUGUCGCACACCAGAUCAGGAUGAUCCUCUGUGCUGUUGUGAGUACAUCGACCGUCAUGGUGGACGGAGUCACAUGGCAGCAUGUUGCUGUGACUGUGAGGAUUUGGAUGAGGCUUGUGACAGAUGGAUGAAGAAGAAGCCUCAAAGUGCAGACUCUCUGUCCCGGGUUAUAGCUACGGUCAACGAUCGUCUGCGGGUGCCCUGGUUAUCCGGAGCCAGACAAGUUGAUGUCUCGGUGAUCCCUCCACUUAUUCUGCUUCCGUUUUUUUUGCACAUCGCGGCUUUGCACUACCUGCUGGGUGUUUUAGUGCUAACAGCAGUGCCCGUCCUGGUCCUUUGGUACUACUAUUUCACUCACCGAAAGAAAGGCCGCACGCUAUUCUUCCUCAGCCUCGCGCUCUUCUCCCUCUUCUACAUGUUCUACCUCUUCAUCACCAAGGUCGUUCCUCGAGGUGAUGUGAAUCAUCUUCAGGUGGCCGCCGUGACGGCGGGUGUUGCUCUCACGGUCAUUUGCCUCAUAUUUACCAAAAAGGGUCCGGGCUACGUCAGGCCUCUUCCGGCUGACACUCAUAGUACAGUGACUUAUCACAAACCUCCACCUGACGUAGAUGCCGACUAUCUAAAUGGAGCACAGCACCAAGUGGUGAUAGCCAAUCACGAACAAACUGGUGAAUCUGGGACAGGACAGCAGGGUGUUCAGAGGAGGAACUGGUGCGCCGUAUGCAAAACGGUGCGGCCCCCGAGAGCGGGACACUGCAGGAUCUGUGGAGUCUGCAUCCUGCGUCUGGACCACCACUGUGUCUGGAUCAACAGCUGUGUGGGGCAGGCCAAUCACCGCAGUUUCCUUCUGAUGCUUGUUUUCUUUCUGCUGACGUCGCUGUACGGGAUCUGUUUGGUUCUUCGAAGCGUGUGUCCAGACCAGAAUGUAAUGACUGCACUGUUUUACUGUCCUGACAUCUACAACCACUUCAGCUCUGCUCUGUGUUUUACCUGUGCCUGGUACAGCAGUAUCGUGACGGGAGGUUUGCUGCACCUGCUGCUCUUACAGCUUAUCAACGUCAGCUUCAACGUGACUGAACGAGAGGCUCGUCUGGCUCUGAGAGAGAAAACCGCUCGCAGCCAUCUCUGGGGUCUGAUCAUCGACACUGGCGUUUACUCACGAGGCUUCCGUUCUAACUGGAUUGAAUUCUUGACCAUGAGCAAGGCUUCGGAGCCAUCAAACCAAUCAGAUCCGGUGUAGAAAUUCAACUGUCAGUCUCUGCUUAUGAAGAAACCAUUGAACUGGUAUUUAUUGGGAAUUAUCGCUCAUAUUUAAUACAGUGAAGUAUAAUGUUGUGCAACUUAAUGUCUUCAACAUCCAUUCCAGAGUCAGUUUUAUGGCUCUAAACAUUGUACUUAAGGUCUCAUCAAGUGUCAGUUGAAUCGUGUGGAUCACUAGAUGGCAGUGUUGAAGUAUGUUACAUCUCUAUCAGUGUAUUUCAACAUCAAGUACACAAUUACUCAGGUGUGUUAGUGUGUACACAACUUAUGUUAACUGUAAUGAUGUCUCACUAAAGUUUUUAUGAUUAAUAUUAAGAAUUAUUUUUUCCUCCAUUGUUCAUUUGAUUUAAUGUCUAUAAAUAAUGAUUUUAACUUAAAUGUACAAUAUAUAUUAUAAGUGCUGACAAAUAAUUCAUCGCAUUCAAGUAUAUAUCAUAAUACACAGACAAUUACAUUUACAUAUAAAUAUACAGACAAGCAUGUGUAUAUGAAAAAAACUGAUGUAAAUAUAUUUAAGCUAUAAUUAUACAUCAUUUAAAUAAUAUAAAUAUACAUUUAUACAUUU